AUGGCGGAGGAGAAGCCGCAAGGCGCCGCCGCCGCCGCCGCCAAGGGCCGAAGCCACCGCAGGCGCUCAGGAAAUAAACAGACCAAGUUUUUGAAGAUUGAAGAUGCUACACACAGGAAAGCAGCACUCGAGGCUGCUAUUAGAAAGAAGAUUGAAUAUGAGAGAAAAGCCUUGCGUAUUGUUGAACGUCUGUUGGAAGAAGACAUUACAGAUGAGUUCUUUGUGGAUUGUGGGAAAUGUAUAACACCUUCCCACUAUAAUGAUGUUGUGGAAGAACGAUUUAUCAUCAAGUUAUGUGGCUACCCUAUAUGUCGAAAGAGGCUAGAAAAUGUAUCAAAUCAAAAGUACAAAAUUUCAACAAAAACCAACAAAGUUUAUGAUAUCAGUGAACGAAAGUGUUUUUGCAGCAACUUUUGUUACAGGGCAUCAAAAUACUUUGAAGGUCAGAUUUCCAAAACCCCGGUGUGGCUACGAGAAGAAGAAAGGCCCCCUGACAUUAAAUUACUAAAGGAAGGAGAAAGUGGCUGCUCAGGGAAAGAAGUAAAAUUCCUCACUGAAGCAAUGAGAACUUCUGAACUUAAAGCUCCUAGUCCAGCAUCAAUCCAGGCAGACUCAAGCACAGAGACUGAGAGCAGCGGCGAUGCUGAGCAAGAAUUUGUUUCUUUUGUUCUAGCAGGGAAUUUAUCCAGUGCAAAGAAGCUAGAGCGUCAGGUGCCCAGAAGGAGCGCACUCAAAAAGAAACCUGUUGAGGGAGCAGGCCUCGAGUCCAGCAGUACUGGGGAUGCAGCUAAUGAUGCUGCAGAGCCAUUAAGUAAAUGCAAGUUAGAUGCCCCAGAAGAGAAACAUUCUGUGCCAGGCAACUCACAAGUGAAAAUAAGUGACACUUCCCCUGAAACCAGGAAAAAACCAGAAGCCUGGAAAGAUAACUCUAGUGGCUCAUCUGUGGUUUUCCUGGGUGUAAGCAAAAAUGGGGCAGAACAAUUUAAAAGGUUGCUUGUCAAAUCGAAACAGCCCAUUUGUCGUGGACUGAAAGGCCUAACUGAUCCUCUGGCUGCUAAAAGCAACUUGCUAGAAGGGCUCCGGCAAACAUUUACCGAAUGGAGGACUGAGGAGACCCUGAAGCUUCUCCAUGGCAGCAGUUCUGUGGCCACACAGGAACCCCCGGGCUGCUGCAAGGAAGAAGAACUCGAUGAGGACGAUUUUGAUAGCACUGAUGAUCUUAAUUAUGCCACUUCUAAAAGAGACUUGGAACCCUGUUUGGACCUGUCUUUGGCUAUCAGGGGGUCCAGUGUAGCAGCAGCUAAACCUCUGCCAAGCUAUGAAAAACUACAGGAAGACACAGCCCUGUUGGAAUUGAGGGUGAAAGAAUUUUACGAAGUAAAGGUACCCUUGGCUGAAGAAGGUUUGAUGAUGCAGCCGGGAGGAGACCAACACCACACCAAUAAGGAUUUUCAGCAGUGGACCUCUGCCUUUCCUCUUGUAGAUUCUAAUGCUCAACAGCAGAUUCGAAAGAGGAUUGUUCUUGAAAAGCUGCAGAAAGUAUUGCCCAAUGUUUUGGGACCUCUCCAUAUUCCUCUUGGUGAUGUUUACAAUGAACUUAAAAAUCUUGUUAAGACAUUUGCGUUAACAAAUAAAAAUAUUAUUCACAAAAUUCCAGAAUGGACCCUUAUUGCCCUUGUGCUGUUGUCUGUAUUGUCACAGUCUAUUCCUGCCUUUACACGUUCACAGCAGAGUCCAGUAUAUACACAGUUCCUGACUACUUUGUUUGAAGAGUUACAUUUCACACAUGAAGACUUUGAAAGUUUAACAAGAUUAUUUAGAAGUGACUGCUUCCUUCACUGAGUAUGAUGAUUAUCCAGAACUGUUUCCUUUGCUGGAAACCUGCUAUGGGGUCACCAGACAACAUAAUUUCCAGUGCACAAGGU